CGCUCGUUCUGGCGUGAGGGGCGGGGAACGAAAGUCCGUAGAGACGCUCGCGGCACUACUUAAAGUAGUACAGGGGCGGGGAGGGCAGCAGGAGGCUGUCUUCUAGUUUGCGCCCCGUGUUGGGACCACGUGGUUGGAGAAGUCCCGCCUUCACCCUCCAGAGUCCGGUGUUCGAACCCUUUCUCAAGAAGUGGCGGUGUCCCAGUCCCGCCGGCUUGAGGCGCCAGGGGAUCCACGGUGGGACUCAUGGCAGCGCCGGUCCGCCUGGGCCGGAAACGCCCGCUGCCUGUGUGCCCCAAUCCGCUUUUCGUACGCUGGCUGAGCGAGUGGCGGGACGAGGCAGCCAGCAGGGGGCGCCGCACUCAAUUCUUGUUUCAGAAGGCGCUGCGCUCCCUCCGGCGGUACCCACUGCCUCUGCGCAGCGGCAAGGAAGCUAAGAUCCUGCGGCACUUCGGAGACGGGCUCUGCCGGAUGCUGGACGAGCGACUGCAGCAGCACCAAGCGUCAGGCGGUGACCAUGCGGAUCCACCACCUGGAGCAAAGAGUCCAGCCCCAGGAGGGCCAACUGCCGGAGUCCCAGACUCUUCCAUGCCAAUUCCAGCCCAGCACAAAGCCGGAGGCUCUAGCAGCAGCUGGCCAGCUCGGCACUCGGGAGCGCGAGCAGUACUGUUGCUGCUCUACAGGGAGCACCUGAGUCCUAGUGGCCACAGCUUCCUAACCAAGGAGGAGUUGCUGCAGAAGUGUGCACAGAAGGCUCCCAAGGUGGCCCUUGGGAGUGCUCGACCGUGGCCAGCCCUCCGCUCCCUCCUGCAGAGGAACCUGGUCCUCAGGACACACAGACCAGCCAGGUACUCAUUGACCCCGGAGGGUCUGGAGUUGGCCCAGAAGCUGGCCGAGUCAGAGGGCCUGAGUUCACUGACUGUGGGCAUUGGGCCAGAGCAGCCCCCCGGGGAGGAGCCGGAAGUGCCAGGAGCAGCCUCGGCUGAGCUAGGCUCCAGCAAAGGGAGUAUUCAGCAGCCUCCACUGGAGCUGGGGCCUGGAGAGUACAGGGUGCUGUUGUGUGUGGACAUUGGCGAGACCAAGGGGGCAGGACAUAGGUCAGAGCUGCUCCACCAGCUGCAGCGGCUGCACGUGACCCACAUGGUGCGUAAGCUGCAUGUUGGGGACUUUGUGUGGGUGGCACAGGAAACCCGGCCUAGAAAUCCAGCGAGGCCUGGGGAGCUAGUCCUGGACCACAUUGUGGAGCGCAAGCGACUGGAUGACCUGUGCAGCAGCAUCAUUGAUGGCCGCUUCCGGGAGCAGAAGUUCCGGCUGAAGCGCUGUGGCCUAGGGCACCGAGUGUACCUGGUGGAGGAAUAUGGCUCAGUGCACAAGCUCAGCCUUCCCGAGAGCACGCUGCUACAGGCUGUCACCAAUACUCAGGUCAUCGAUGGAUUCUUUGUGAAGCGCACAGCAGACAUUAAGGAGUCAGCUGCCUAUCUGGCCCUCCUGACACGGGGCCUUCAGAGAUUCUAUCAGGGCCGUGCCCUCCGCAGUCGCCCCUGGGGAACCCCAGAGGAUGCUGAAUCAGGGGCCAGGCCCUCCCCAGAUCCUGUCUGUUCACUCCUCACCUUCAAUGACUUCAACGCAGGAGCCAUCAAGAACAAGGCCCAGUCAGUGCAGGACGUGUUUGCCAGGCAGCUGAUGCAGGUGCGUGGAGUGAGUGGGGAGAAAGCAGCAGCCCUGGUGGAUCGGUUCAGCACCCCUGCCAGCCUACUGGCCGCCUAUGAUUCCUGUGCCACCCCCAAGGAACAGGAGAUGAUGCUGAGCACCAUCAAGUGUGGGCAGCUACAGAGGAAUCUGGGGCCUGCUUUGAGCAGGACCUUGUCCCAGCUCUACUGCAGCCCCGGCCCCCUGACCUGACCUAUGCCAUGAGACAGACCCCAGCCUCACCUUCCCAGGCUCACCAGCCUUUUAAUCUGAAUCUCUUGGGCUACAAUAAAAACCUAAGUGUUUGCAA